GCGGACGAAAUGAGACAAAAUGUCCAGUAGGCAGCCGAAUGAUAGAGGCCCAGGUGGUCCACCAUCGGAUGUGGCAUCUCCCUACAAGAGAGGUCGACCUUUAACCCCGCCAGCGGUGACGAGACCAGCAGGAUAUCCCUACCCUCAGGACUCACAGAGGUACGGCCAGAUGCCGAUAGGAACGCCUGCAUAUGGCAUCUACCGAGACCCUGGGCCUCAGUAUCAGAGUGAACGGGUCAAUGACUACCAUGAUCGAUUUCGGGAGGAACAAGCCCAGUUGCGUCGCAGACCGUCGAUGCUGCAGGAUUUCCCUAGUCAUCACGCUGCAGGAAUUGAAAGGGAGCGAUCAACGGAUCAGUACCGUUAUGGGGCAUAUGAGCGCGAAUCCCGCCAGGGCAUGCACGAGAAACCGCCAGAGCAUGGUCCAUAUGGUAGCAAACGACAACGGCUCAUGGUCGAUACUUCGGCGCGUCCAGAGCUCUGUCAGCCUCUACAGAUUGAUACAGCUACUGAAACUAAAAAGGAACCAGGUUAUCACCCUCAAGUGGAAGCUAUUUCUCCCACUCUUCCCCCAGAAGAGAAUAAAGGCGAGGCUGCCUUGAUGCGAGCAAACAAGGAGGAGCUCUUAUCAAACAUCAGCAAAUUAGAUCGUGAGAUUGCAAAAGUGGAAGGACAGAUUGGCAAGUUGAAGAAGAAACAGCAGCAGUUAGAAGAGGAGUCAGUCAAGCCUCCUGAGGAGAAGCCUUCACCCUCGGAGCCCCAGGCUGAAGCCAAGCAUCUGAGUGUAGCCCAGAUUAUCUAUGCUGAAAAUAGGAAAAAGGUUGAAGUUGCUCUUGGCACUCUUACCAAGCUUGGAACUAAAGUGGAGCUGCCUCUCUACAACCAACCAUCAGACACAGCUAUCUAUCAUGAAAACAAGAGAAAAUUCCUCACCUUCAAGAAGAGGCUGAUUUUACAUUUCAAGAGGAAACACCAAGCAAGACGAAUAAGGGAGCGUUAUCUGUCCGAGCGCUAUGAUCAACUGAUGCAGGUGUGGCUGAAAAAGAUGGAGCGGGUCGAGAACAGCAACAAGCGUCGGGCCAAGGAAGCUCGCACGCGGGAAUUCUAUGAAAAGAUAUUUCCAGAGGUUAAGAAAUCGCGCGAGGACCGUGAACGAUUCACGCGGGUCGGUACGCGGAGUAUCGGUGGUUAUGCUCGUAGCGAGGCAGAACUCGAACAAAUAAUGGACGGUUUACACGAACAGGAAGAAGAGGAUAAGAAAAUGCGGAGUUAUGCAGUUAUUCCUCCGAUGAUGCUAGACGCCAGGCAGCGCCAUUAUAAGUUCAUCAACACGAAUAGUCUUAUUGAGGAUCCAAUGGCCGAGUAUAAAGAAAGGCAGCUACUUAAUAUGUGGACAGAACAAGAGAAAGAGAUUUUCAAGGAAAAGUUUUUGCAACAUCCAAAGAAUUUUGGGGUCAUAGCUUCCUAUUUAGAAAGAAAGAGCGUGACGGACUGCAUCCAAUAUUACUACCUGUCAAAGAAGAAUGAAAACUACAAACAAUUAUUACGUAAACAGAGUGUAAAGAGACGAAGACAGUUACAGAAACAACAGCCGCAACAGUCCCAGCUGCAGCCAACAUCAAUACUUCCCCGCUCUAGUGAGGAGACCAAAGACAUUAAGGAGGAGCCUAAGGCAGAAGAGCCAGUAUCAACCAGCAGUGAUAAAAAGGAGAUAAAAGAAGAGACCAACGAGGAGCCACAACCGAGUCAGCCUCCCACAACGGAUGAGGGAGGUGACCAGGUCGAAGGAGGAGGAGCCCAUCAGUGUGCCGUGUGCAAGACUCAGCUGGAACAUUAUGGGAUGAGCCGGCCAUUGACGAAGAGUAACUGUGACCUGUACGGCCUGAGUGAGGCGGAACUGACCCCUGACAUGAGGGUGUGCAGUAGUUGCAGGUGUCGCUCAGUUAGGAGAAGGUACACCCAAUGUCCUAUUCCGACUUGUAAGACUCCCAAGAGAAAAGUGAAGCGACUGCGGCCGUUCCCUGCAAAGUGGGCAGAGCUAUCACAGGAUGUCAAGGAACCGGUCAUGAAAGAUCUCCAGAUUGGGGAAGACAUCAGCAAGUGCUGCUCUGCAUGUUUUAAUCGUAUCGCACGUAAGCUUGGCACCAAUCCUCAAACAAAUGAACCCCUGGUGGCUCUAGUGCCAGAGAAUGGAGAUGGCGACAGCUCGGAGACGUCGCGGUGGACCGAAGAGGAGAUGGAUAUUGCCAAGGAUGGUUUGCGCCAACAUGGACAAGAUUGGUUGGCCAUAGCAAACUUGGUUGGGAGUAAAACUGAAGCCCAGUGUAAAAACUUUUAUUUCAAUUACAAGAGAAAGUUGAAUCUGGAGACUUUGGUGCAAGAAUACAAGAAGGCCAGGAAACAAGACAAUCGAACCAUUUCGAUCUCAGAAAGCAUGGCGUCAACUGUAACAGCUGGCUCUGAUGUCGAGAUGAGCUCUGAUGAUGAUAAUGGUGAUGAGUCCGAUGGUGGUUCCGAUACUACUAGCGCCCCCAGUAUUUCUCAACUGGAACCUGAGAGGGACCGAGAGAAAGAAGUUGAAGAAGACAUGGAGACAUCGCUACCUGCUGCAUUGGCGUCGGGGGACUCGAGAGCCAAGUCAGUGGAGGAGAACAAGGCCGACAUCCCCACUGGCUUGCAACAGAGCAGCUCACUCAGCACAUCGCAAGUCAGCCUAAAGAGUAACCCAGACUACGACAGCAGUGCCACUCUCAGUGCCGAUGAAGGCCCGUGUUCCCAGAUGGAUAAGGAGGGCUUUGUCGGAGCUGGCCAGGAGCCUGAAGUUUCUAGUCAUGAUUUCCUGCCACCUGUUGGGCAGCUACAGCCUCCAUCAUCUGGAAGAGACCCCAACGUUGAUAAGAGGCCCUUUCCUGAUGAUGGCAAACCAAGCCACUCUGGUGACCAAAUCUCCAGUUCAACAGAACGACCCCAAGAUAGUAAAGAACAGAAGCCCAAGCCAGAAGACAAGUCCGAUAAUGGUGCAAAUGGCAACCUCCGGCCAGCAUGCAUCCGGGACUUGAUUCAUUCGGCAAUUGAGAGAAAUCUAACCAGGACUAUCGGUAGAGGAACUGAUGCCAGCAGAGAUGUGGAACCUGUGCCAGGAAGAAUUCCUCCAACAAGUGUGUAUCCAUCGCCAGCACUAGGAGUACCACCCAACUCCUCGCCGUCAGCUCCUAGUCAGAUGGGCGGGCCAGCUGGCAUGCCACCAAGGCCUCAACAUAUGAUGAUGGAUCGUCAGGCAAUGCCACAUAUGCCACCUGGAGGUCCUCCUGGUGGACUCCCUGGACAACAGAUUUCAUCAACAUCUGAAGCACAUCAUCCACUAGGUGCCUCGGGGAUACCGGUUCAGGAUUUAAGAAGAGAAUCUCGACCAGAACACCGCCAACCAGAGCAGAUGCCACCUGGCUAUUGGGAUGAUAAGAAGUCUGAGAUGAGUUAUCGCCAGCGCCCACCCGGUGGACCCCCUCCACAGCCACCUAUGAGGGAACCUAGGGAACAACCACCUGCUGAUUAUGAAGUAAAGGAUCUUUCUACUCGCUCCAACCGAGAUCGUAGUCCACAUGGCUAUAAAGGUGACCCGAGAGACUUUGAACCCAGAGAUGCUCGUCCAUUUGAGCCAUAUAUGAGACCAGGUGUAGUUGAAGAUACACCUAAACGACUUGGAGCGCCACCCCCUGCUCAUUCACAUCAUUAUUCAGCAUCUGGAGAACCGAUGCGCGAUUCUGGGCCUCCUCCACCACCAGUACCGCCACAUCGUGACCAUCCACGGGAUCAGUAUCGCCAAUAUCCAGAUCAGAGAGAUAAAUCACCAUCUGCAGCCCAGUACCAAGACAGGAAUCAGGCCACAUCAACACCUCCUGCCCUUAGACAGUCUGCUCCUCGAAGCUCAUCCCCUUAUGCCGCUGCUGGCCAGGAUCGGCAGGGUCAUAAUCAUGGCCCAGGACAGCGUAUGAACGUGCAUCCAAAUAGGACUGCUAUUCCUCCACCUCCUCCUUUGAUCAAUUCAAAGACGUCCCCGAAGAUGGGUCUAAAGGAGCAAAAGUUGUCCCCGUUGAUUCAGCAACAACCUCCACCUGGGUCUAUCACUCAAGGCACUCCCGUUAGUGGUCACCCACCUCCUAGUUCAAUGCCUUCGGCUCCUACUUCAAGAUUUGAAGGCUCCAUAUCCAUGGGGACCCCACGAUAUGAAGGACUGUUGCGUCAGGCUACACCACCCCAGUCGAGAGCUGAGGGAUCAAUCACACGUGGUACACCAGUUGAAGGAGCAGGGCGUGGUGUCCCAGUCACCUAUGAAGCUGGCAUACCACGAAUGCCAGGUGUUUAUGAUGCCAUGAGCAGGGGAAUGCCAUAUAAUGGCAUCAGGAUGCCUAUGGUGUAUGAUAGCCGUGCCAUUGAACAGAUGUACUUAGCCCGGCGGAUGUCACCUUCAAGCUCAGGCUACGCAUACCAAGGGAUGCAGUACCAGCCUCAGUACCCUGAAGGAUCAGCCUACAGCAGCUCCAGAGCAACUCUAAUGGAUGACUUCAUGACUGCUCAGCAGAUGCAGGCCCAAGAUAUCCAGCGACGUGCAGCAGCACAGGAUAAGGAACAGCACUUAUCUCCACGAGGUCCUGUUGGUCGUGAAGCUGUCCCAAAGGGAUACCCACCAGCUAUGAUGGAGGCUCUGAUUCAUCCUAAUGUCAGUCACCUGGCUGGUGUUCCUUACGGAGCGCUGGCUACUCAUCAGGGGAUGCUGUACGUACCACAUCCUGGUCAAAUACCCAGCCCAAUGACAGACCGUGGACCGAGAGCUAAUAACUCGCCUGCACCAUCUCCAAGAGAAGCUGCAUCACCCAGAGGCGACGUCUCUGGUUUGUCCCAGUCUUGGCCGAAAUCCAACGUUCCUGGAAGCACUCAUAGCCCUGGUCCGAGCCGUGCUCCGCAGCCACCUCCCCCACAGGCCUCAAGACAGAAUGUUAUACAACAAGUGUACACGGGUAAACCUGGAGGACCAGAGGGCAUGGCAAUUAGGGGACCGCACCAUAUGCCUGACAGUACAAGUGGAGUCAACUCACAACAGAGACCUUUCGGAAAUGAGGCAUUCAAUGCUUUGGUGGAUGCAGCAGCUAAUGCACAGUCAUUGUCAGUCAACAAAGAUAGACCUCACCCUCACCAUGUUUCAAUGCCAAGAGAUGCCCCAAAGUCACCGAGGGAUCGUCCACCUGUUGGGAUGCCAGGUUCAUAUGAGGCACAAAUGGAACAAUAUAGAAUGUAUAAGCAACCAGAGCACAAAUCCCGCUCUUCAACACCGGUCAGGGAUGCUCGAGAUGUGCGUCCUCCAUUUGAACAACCCGGUCAUCCAGAGGACCAGAGGAUGAAGUAUCCUCAGGAAAUGAGACCCGAGAUGAGGCAAGAUCAUUCCCGGCCUAAUUCACAGUCAGGUGUGCCUCCAGAUAAGGCUCGAGAGACACCACCAAGCCGGGAGGGUCCUAGACCGCCGUCGGAGAGUGGGACAUUCAUGGGGACCGCUAAGAUGCCAGCAAAGUAUGAACCACCGCAACCCUCUAGAGAAAGAGAGCGGGAGCGUGAGACUGUGCCGGCAGAAUGGGCAGCAGUGUCUGCAGCUUCUGGAAAAGAUGACAAAGGAAACGAAUCUGGAGACUCGAGGAACAGUCUAACUGCAGCCAACCUGAUAGAUUUAAUCAUUGUUCAUCAGAUUAGUAAUGCUUCUGAAGGCCAGUCUGCAAAACCUGCCGCCAAAAAGCCAUCAAUGAGUAGUCCUGAUACAUCAAAUGAUGGCCAUUCAAUAAGUUUUGGUGAACAGAGGUCCCCACUUUAUAAACCUCAUAAAGCAGCGCUUAGCCGCUACGAAGCUGAGAUGAGUGCAUCUUCUUCCAGACCGGACCAGGAAUGUGAGUCUUCUUCUUAUGGUGCCAAACCUCCAAAAUUUGCUGGCUUUGAGUCGAAUGAGAAUCGUCAAAGUCCUGCCUCAACAAAGUCUGGUAUGGGGGAACCUGACACUAGCAGUACCCGAAGCCCAAAGGCUGGAAAGUCCCCAGCAGAAGCUGAUCAAUCAUCUUUGAGUUCCCCGCCCGUUAAACCAACAUCGGAGGCUGAGUCGACUCAAGGUCCUGGUGGUGAAAAUGCUGGCCCUCUUCCUGGCCAACAGGUAGUCGGGCCUGGUGGUGAGAUUGAUAAGAAUAUAACGCUUGGUGAUCACAUCGAUGCCAUCAUCAUUCAGAAUUAUAUGCACCGGACGAUGGGUGGUCAUGGCCCAAAGGGAUCCAUUUCAAAAGGAAUGAGUAAAGCUGCUGCGGCUGCCCGUAGCCAGAUGACGAUGUCCCCACCACCAAGUGCUGGAAAUGGAGAUGGUCGGCUGCCGCCAGGGGAGGAGUAUGACAACAGACCAAGAAGUUUCUCGGCGGGGGCUGCUGGGCCAAUGUAUAAUAACUGGAAGUUAAAGAAGGCACUCGCCAGACAGGGAAAAGAUGUUCUUGCUCCCGACGAGAGGGAAAUCAUCAAAAUUGCCAGAAAUGACAUAACGGAAGGAGAAGUGUCACAAUCGGAGCAGUCUCGGUCAGCUACACCUCAGACUAGUCAGGCCGUCAGUGGCUAUAACGUGGAGCCUAUUUCUCCAGCUAGUUCCUCAGACAGUAGCAGCAAUGAAGCCAAGGCAGCCAAGAGCUCAUCCCCUCGGUCCCCGCGCUCACAACAGCCUGUCUCCACACUGGCUGCAGCUCAUCAGGCCAUUACCAGCAUACUAUCUUCCAAGCCACAAGGAAAGUCUUUCCCAGAUUACCCAGCAGACAGUAGUAAUAAUGAGAACCGUGCUGCUGGUCAGAGUGCGAUGGAUAUGGCAAAACAACGAGUAUCAAUGUCGCCGCUUGAAUACGUCAAAAACAAAAUUUCUGAGGUGCUGAAUGAAAACCCUGACGGCCAGCAGAUGAUGUAUGCAGGGGAAAGCUUCGGCUUUAAAAUGGCACCGUCACAAGAACGAGAACAACCUUCGAAUUAUCCCAGUGGAUACGGAUCAAGGCCGCCUUCGCACCCAUCACAGUUAGCUCUUCAGGGAAUGGAGGAGAGAAAGUAUGGUGGCUCACCACGGCCCUCACAGUCUGGACAGUACAUGCAGGAUUAUCGUCGAGACAUGCAUCCUCAUCAGAUGGCUUCAGGUGAAGCUGUACAGUCUAGUACAAUGCAUGAGCAGCGCCAUGCAGUGGAGAGCUCUGAUCGUAGCACACCUCAGGGCAUGCAUUAUGGACCUCAUGAUCCGAAUCAAAAGCCAUCGCAUCCUUCCAGUGUGAGUAGUGCUACAGAUAUGGAGGCUGAUACUCACGGACUAGAGGCAGACGCCACAUCGUCGAGUGAUCCAAUGGCUGUGCAUUAUCAAAAAAGUCCUCGGUCUGAUUAUGGAAUGAAUAGGCCACAUAGUCGUGAAAGUUUUGAUGGUGAUAGACGAGGUAGUCGAGUCGGUGGCUCUGAACAUCCUGAGCGUGUGAUGUCUAGUGAUGUUCAACCUCACAUGUACCCCCAUCACGCCAUCCCUGUUUCUUCCCCAGGGUACAUCACCCGACCGGAGUAUAGUUCACCAAUGUCAGAGCGACAUAGCCCUCGGCCACAGAGCCGGGAAUCAGUCAGUAGUGUUCAUUCAGCUCAUAGUCCCAGGCAGACCCCUCGUGAUCAGGGACUGGGUUCGCCCCUCUCUCGCCAAGCCUACAGUCCCCGGCAGCCUAAUAGAGACAUUAUUUCAACACCGCAAGGAUAUAGCCCUCGUCAGCGCCCUGAUGCUGAAGUUGUUGGACCAGGGAAUACAUUUAGUCCCCGAAAUGUGGAAGAGUUGAUUCAUGCCAGCUCACAGCAUCUUUCAGCUAAACCUGAAAGCACCACGGAUAGUUACCGGACUGGUCAUCCCGCUGACCCGUCACGUAGUGUCAUGCCUAUGGACUCAUCGCGAGGUGGCCAUGCUAUGGACUCCUCAAGGGCUGGUCACCCAGUUGACUCUUCACGAACUGGUCAUCCUAUGGAUCCUUCAAGGACAGGCCAUCCUAUGGACCCGUCACGAACUGUUCACCCCGGAGUAAUGCCUCAAAUGGGUCUGGGACACCCAGCUGACCCCUCCCAUCAGGAACAUAUGCCAGACUCUAGUAACAGAAUGCACCCUUACCCUCAUACAACUGCUGGUUAUUAUUAUGGCAGUUACCCGAACACGAGACAUACAAUGGCACCCUCACAAGGGCAACAUCCUACAAGAAUGGACAUGUCUGAUCGGCCUCGUGGUUCCCCUGCCCAGUCGGCACAGGCUGAGUCCUCAUAUCCAAAACACUCUGCCCAUUAUGAAGCUUUAUCAGAUGAAGAUUGAAAAAUUAGAUACAUGUACAUAUUCAAACCACUCUCAAACUGAUGACCAGGGCCUGGUAUCAUAAAACAUUGGUCAUGCUUAUUCUUGUACAUGUAUUAGCAUUAAUUUGCAUUUUAUUAUAUAUAGCUUACAUAGUGGUUAUGUUUAAUCAAGUGGCAUGAAAGUUUUAUGAUACCGGGCCUGGCAUGCUGUUAAUUUGAAUAUCCUGAAUUUGCGCUGUAUAAAAUUUAACUCUCAUCCAUCUUGCCCAUUAUGCGAAGCAUGACGGAGUUGGGAACUUUUGGUCAGUUUUUUGUUGAAAAAACACAAGCAUGUGCCUAAAUUAGCAGAAAUGUAACUAGAAUUUGGCACAAAUCUUACUGGAUAUGCAGAGGGCAAUGUUUGUUUGUGAUUACUCGAUGUAAGCAAUGUUCACAAACCCUGGCUGUCAAAGUCUACUCUUGUUAGGGUUGGCCACAUGAUUGACAUUGUUUUGAAAUUAUAAAUGUACAUAGGUGUUUAUGGCACAGUUUAGUGCCUUUACCAAUCAAAAGAGGUUUCAUUUCAUCCUGGCUUACUGAUAGCUAUUAUGAUUAAAUCGUCACAGAUACUGCAUAAGCACUGUGGGUGAAACUGUACAGUGUUUUCAAUGAGAUACACUAUAAUCCUUGAAUUGUGUUUAUCAGAAACGUUUCUGAUAUUGAAAGUGUUUUUUUUUGUAAUUGAUACAAGUUAUUUUCAAUGUGGGUCGUACCAGUAUACUGAUUUCAAUGAAGUUCAACUCAGAUGAAUAGCGUUUUGUAACUUUCACAUUUUAUUUCAAAGUUGACGUCUGUAAUACUGACUCAUGUGGUUAACGUGUACAGUAAUCAUGUUGUUUUGAUGACAUUCAUCAGUAUGCUAGCAGGAUAAUUCUCAUGUUCUCCAGUAUCAUCAAAGUGGAUUACAAUUUCUUUGAAAAUCAUGAGGUGUUUUGCUCGAUAGUGUAGUCCAAUUGUGUGAAAUUGUCACCUCAAAAUGAGUAGAUGGUGUUGAGAACCUAUGUGCAAUAUUUUUCUUGUUCAAGGUAAAACUGAAAGUCGGACACAAUGACUCGGAUGUUUUGCAGCUGAUUCGUACUGUAAAACCUGCCAGGAGCUGUUGCAACUUCUCAGGUGGCAGCACUUGGUUUGAAAUCAAGUGUUGCAAUCAAGAUAGUCUGGAAAGCUCCUGGCUGUGUUAAACCUACAUGUAAGUGCUAUUUGAAGAUCCUAUAGUAUCAGUUUUACAUGUCUUAUUCAAGAUCCAUGGCAUUUCCCCGAAAAUUAUAUCUGGCUCUCUUGAUAAUAUCAGUGGUUCAAUCAGUUGAUUUUGUGACAUUCUCCCCAAAGGUAUAAAAUGGUCUGGGCUAACUUGGCAGGCUAUGCAUUGCAGGAGGUUCGUUUGCUCUGGGGUGUAUCAUAAGGCAAUAAUUCCUUUUGAUAAUUAAGACUGAUAGUGGAAUUUCCCCUAUUAAAACUCUUGGACACCUCUGGGUCUGCCAAGCCCAAGGUAUAAAAGCAAGGCUUCUGCUCGCCACUCACAAGGGAUCCAGGAAACCCUGUAAAAGACAACAAAGACUGGAUUCCAAGUUAUAUGGGGCCUUUAUAGCUUUACCUUAUUAGCCUGGGCCAUUUUCCUUUCCAGAAAAAGUUUCUCAACAGCUGUUAUAACCCUGUUCUCUUAGGUGUAUCGUAAUCAGAAUUUAGAGCACAAAUUCAUAUUGUCCUUCAGUGGUGAAACAAAAAUUGAAGUGUAUGAUGAACAUCUGUAUAAUGUCAAUAAAUUAUUUUACAUGUAACAAA